ACUGCACAAACUCAAAAGUUCCAAGCGUAAGGUUUUGGUUGUCUUACACAGCGAUUUUGCCAACCCUUCAAGAUGAAGUUUUUCAGCAAUACCUUUAAUAAAGUAAAGCUACCAUGGGUUGCCUUUCAAGUCUUCAAUAGGCCCCUCUCUCUUUAACAUGCCCCCUCCAAAUAAGUUCAAAUUAUUUGGAUGUUUGGAUGAAGUUGAUGUACAAGUUUGAUAAGACUCAAAACUAAAAGAUUUUCUUGUCAUGUUUUGCCUCUAAUGAGCCUCUGUCCCUGUCAAAAUUAUCCUAGGAAAAAUCCAGCCCCUCGGGAUAGAUUACAGCAAUUAAGAUCACAUAAAAAAGCAAAUUCCGGAUCCACUCAAGAUUUUACAAAUAUAUGUUUAUAUCUCAUCAGUUUUACAAACGAGGAACUGAUCGGAACUUCUUCCUUGUCAUUGUGGAUUUCAACAGUACAGAUGUGGAUAUUUUUAAGAUGAGGGAAAGAAGUGAAAUAAAAGACAGGUGCUUUGUUUGUAGCCAGUGUUAUAGCUCACAAACUUGAAGCGUGUUCCGUUAGACUGUCUAUUUAGCUAAAAUGAUCCAAUUGUUAUUGCGAUGGAUAGAUUUUCAUGUACCCCCUGCUAUUCAGAGUGUAGGAUGUUUAUCACGUGAACCGAUCAGGGCCGGGGCUUUAGUGGCCUGUAACGCGGAUUCAUCGUGGCGUCAUUGUUUACAUUUUUGCUCAUUAGCAUACAAGUUAACCCAUAGAGGAUUUAGUCGUAUAUACUAAUAGGCUAUUUGCAUCAUGACAUCAUUUACUACUACGACCAGAAUCCUUCAGAGUUUUCCUGUCUUGUGCAAAUUACGGCUUUUGUCAUUUAAAUCUCGCUGGGAAGGGCCUAUUAGGUUCAAAAUCAAAAUAAAAGGGGAGCUGGUUUAUUUCUGCAGUUUGUGCAAGUUUCAGCUCUUUACCAUCAGUAACAAAGAAAAUAGCAGCAAUUAAAAACUGAAAAAUUGCUGGGUGGCAAAACGUUAAUGACCUCAUAAAUUCUUUGUAAAUUUUUGGGUUUUUCAAAGAGAAUUUCUCCGAAACUUUUUGGUAUAUCGGAAUCAAAUUUUCAGAGAUAACUGAAAUUGUUAUGGUCUUUCAAUAUUCAGAAAUUUCCUGUUAUUAUCUUCUUCAGAUAAUGAUAAGCCUAUGCUAAUGAGGCAAAAUUCGGCUAUAGCUCCCACAAGUGUCCUGUUGCUCUGUGGUAGAGCAUCUGGACUAGUUACCAGGACGUCAUAGGUUCGACUCCUCUUUGGAAUACUCGGUGAAUUUUUUCUUCUGAGCCACCUGUAUUAUGAUCCCGGCUAUUACUUCGUGUUCCGGGCAGAGAUGACGUAAAAAAAAAAGAAUUCUUUGUUUCCUGUUCAGGGUAAAAUCUGUUUGGAAUUGUUUCAUGGUUUAUGUUAUUUUGUAACGUAAAAUGUAUCCGGUACACUAAGUAAAUGCCAUUAUCAUUUGUUUCUCAUGAAACAUAAACUUUUCCUAGAGCUGGGAAACAGGGCACCAACAAACUCACCUCAACAUUUAUGUUUUAUAUUUCUUACUAAUAAAAGUGUUGCGGAUAACCACAACAGAGUAGGUUUUGUAGCUUGCAAUACUGAAUCAGAUUACGCCAAAGAUAAAAAGGACAAUUCCAAAAAAGAACACGGUUUUAAACUCAAGCUAGCAACCCAGUCUUCGAAAAUCUGGUUUUAUGAACUUAUUUUAACUUUUCUUUUUUAUAUAUAUUUGACUCAUUUAUAGGAUUAUUAUAUUAAAAUACUUCACUGAAUUUCACAAGACAAAGGCUCUUAACGACGGAGUACGCUAUGUCAAGGUGGGACUAACGUUUCUUUUACCUGUUUUAAAGGGUGACGAAAAUUAAGUAGCGGUUAAGGAAUAAAAGCAUUUUGAUGUAGGUUGUCUGGUCCUAAUUUGUUCAGUCUCCUCAGAACAGCGCGGAUAGAUAAUAAGAUUGCCCGAACCCUCUCCUUCUGAACACUAGAAUGAAAGAAAAAGAGUUCAUCAGCACAAAUGUUCUAUAAAUUUAUGCGUUGUCAAAGAGCCACGAAAACUGACGUUUUAAUUUGCAAUCCUGACAACUAGGACCCCAACAGCAUCAUAUUUACCGCGGAUCUUCACAUCAAGUUUCCAGCGAACAUAUUUGAUGAAAUACGUAAGGCAAGUAUGAUAAUUAUUAUUAUGUGGAGGUCUUCAGCGACUUCAGCAGAAAGGGUGGAAAGCGCGCAGGUUUUAAAUCUUUAACGCAAACUGUCGCGUAACACUUUAGAAUCACACUGCGCUUCUAGAAAAACAAAGUUUCUUUAUAGAUCCGAUGUGCUGAUACUUCAGCAUGAUUUUGUCGUGGUUUUGUCGUCUUCUUUUCUUUUAUAAUUUAGUUGAGACCCUUCUGUUUAUACUUUACUUUGCAAGAAGUAAACACUGUCUCUAGGGCGCUUAUAAUCAUCAGUCAGUUUUCAGAUCAGAGUCCAGUCCAAAGAGGCUUUCACUAUUCUGUCCGAGCCCCGGUUGUUCAAAAGUUGGAUAGCGUUAUUCACCGGAUUAAAUCACUAUCCAGCGGAUAAGUAUUACGGGAAACAAUUGCGUUAUCCGCUGGAUAGUAAUUUAUUCGGUGGAUAGUGCGCUCCAACGUUUGAAAAAGCAGGGCCAGCAGGAUUAGUGUAUUGCAUAAGGCUAUAGGCAGGGCAGGAAAGAAAGGAAAGGGUUUCAAGCGAAAACCUUUGGAACAGCCCAUUUCAUUUUCAAAAUGACCGGUCCGGCUGCCCAGUUUUGGUUGAGACUCUUGCUUUUUCUAAGACACCUGAUAUAGCAUGACUCGUAGCCAAGUUUAGGGCUCUUAACAGUCUUUUAAAGUUAGUUUUUUCCAUAUUGUAUGAAGUACUGAUUAACUCAUACAAGAACGAAACAACUGUGUUUGCUAUGCAGCAAUCCACGUUUUAUUUUGUUCAAGUUCUAUCAGUGUCGUGUUCUAACAAAGUUAAUUCUCUGUAGUUAUUUGUUAAACUCAUACACACGUGUAGCAUACGCGUUUGCAGUAAUUUGCUUCAGCUAUUUCAGAGAAACGUCUCAAUCAGUUGCUUUGAAGACUCCUAUGGCUUGAUCUGAGUUUUUGACAGAAAACGUGAAACUUAAAGACCUUAACACUUGCUGAAUUAUCUUUUCUUUACAGCACGCUAUUCAAGGACGUAGCUUUUACUCGCCCGCUGUUCUUAAGCUGAAAUGUGGUUAUUCAAUAACGCAUCAACAAGGUAUCAAUUUCCCUGAUAUUGUCUUUACUGUGUGUGACCAUACGACGCACCUUGAUCAUCUUAUCGGCGGUGUCCGAUAGUGCAAAGAGACUGGCUAUGAAACCUGCAAACAUAAAAGACGAAAAUUGGAAGUUACGUCACUUACCUGACCAUGCACAAUCAAAUAAACUUAAUUGAGUUCUGAGACUCGAUGGAGAGAAUUUUAUACCGUUUUUAAAACAAUUCACUUCAACGCCCUGGUUUUUAAUUUGGCAUUUUCUUUUAGUGACAAAUGCGUAUUUUUUUACGUAUUCGCCAUCUUAUACUGAGUCAGUGACCGAGACUAGAAUUUUUCCGCGAAAUGUCACGCGAUACAACAAUACUUUCAAUCAAUUUUCCGCUCUUUUCACCACUGACAGCUUAAACAUUUUCCCGCCUUUUUAAGUCCAUUGAAACCUGAUUGGUCCUGAUUGAUUUGUCUCUCCUACUCUUGCAUUGAUAAAUACUCUUUUUUUAAUACUCUUGCUGAUUGCAUGUUCUUAUAAAUGACUUAUUCUUCAUUGCAGCUUUUUGGGAAAUGAUGGGAUAUGGUUUGUUUGGUGGGUACAAAUCAGACUGGGACAGGUUUGAGGGAAUGGACGAGGCUAAGUUCACUACAAGAUGGGGUGGGGAGGACUGGGAUCUAAUGGAUAGGUAAGGGUAAAUUUCUUUAAGGUUAACUUUCCUCCAGGCCACAGUUGUUCUAAAGUUCGAUAAGGCUAUCCACCGGAUAAAUCACAACCCAGGGUCCAGUUUUUCGAAAGGUGGAUAACGCUAUCCACCGGAUAAAUCUCUAUCCAGUGGAUAGAGCAAUUGGUUUCCCUAAUAUUUAUCCGAUGGAUAGUAAUUUUCCUGGUGGAUAACGUUAUCCAGCGUUUGAAUAACCGGAGCCUGUAUGAUAGAUGUUUUGCUACAUGGAUCGGCAAUCAUUACAUGUAUUUGAUGCUUGCGUCUUGACCCACGCUUUCCCGCGCUCAAAACUGGCAUCAUAUUUUCCGGUACAUCACCAGUUACACGUUUUACAGUCCCAAAUGUGUUGUGUGGAGCUAGAACUUUAAGUAGUGCUUUGUAAGGCCUCUAAAGGGUUCUCAACACGGCUCCAACGCCCAUGCUUGGCUGAUUUAUGUGCCCUCGGAGGCUCAAUUUGGACAUACGCAUGAGACACUAUACUUAAAUUUGCGUUAUACCCCCCUGAAUUGUGUCAUUUGCUUUGAUGACGCCAUUGUUAAGCAGUACGUUUAUACGAAGGCUAGAUUAGUUAGCAUAGAAACGUCACGCUUGGUCAAGGGACUUUGUUGAAGUAUAGUGCUCUUCCCCGCCUGAAAUCAAUGGAUUGAUUGUGUAGUUUUAGUUAAAUCUAUUCAAUUUGUGAUUUUGUUUUUAACAGAGCAAUUGGCGCUAAUUUAGAAAUAGAGAGGUUGCGACUUCCGAAGUUUUAUCACUACUUUCACGAAAGAAGCAGCGACUGGUACGAAAACGCAAGAAUAUGACUCUUUGGUGGCUGAGGAUUUUGUUGGAGAAGAGCUAUGAAGCAUUCAAGAACUAUUAAAGCCUCUUUGGCGCACACUAAAGUGAACGUGAGA